AUGUCGAUUUUUUCCGAUGACGUCUUGCUGACGCGCUCCCGAAGCAACAGCGAGUCGCAGUUCAAGUCUACGCGCGCAGAAAAACGUCUGGGCCGGCUGUUCAAGCCUCCCUCCACCACAAGCUCGACUCCCAAACCGGGCCCCUCGAGCGCCAACAGCUCCACAGCAAGCAUAGGGUCGUCGGUGCCGUCUGCGAGUGGCAAGAGCGAGCCCAAGCAGCUUGCUCUGGAGGAUCUGAAAUACCAUGUUGGUCGAAACCUGCGCAGCAUGAGCCAGAGUGCCAUUCCUACUUCUUCCUCGAUGACGGGGCAAAAUGGUGGGCUGUCGGCGUCGGCUCUGCCCAGAAAGCCGUCGCUGGCAUCACAGACGGCCGGCACGGACGGCAAGCUGACCACGUUGCGCGAGGUCCACGGCUCGACGGCCUCAGAACGGCUGGCCUUUUCUGACACCAUGAAAAUGGCACACAAAGUGCGAUUCGUCUACUCCGAGUUUACGGGCGUGCUAAAAAACCUGGGGAUCUCUAUCAACACGUCUACAAACUCGUUCAACAACUUUGUGAGCCUGUACGACUUUCUCAACCGCCGUGCCAACGACACAGACAGGGACGCCAUCCAGGAGAGUCUUCGCACGCAACUGGCGACGCAGCUGGUGGAACUGUUGAAGGAUCUGCGCAAGAUUGUCGACCAUCUCACGUUUCCGAGCCACAUGGUGGCAUCGCUGGGCACCGAAACGAUCCGGAUGGCGUACUUCUCGCUGUUUUCGCUGCUGGUGGAGCUGACAAGCAUCUGCAAAAUUCUCGACCCGUCGUUCACGCCUCGGACGCAGCAGAAGAGCUCGCGUCCCACCCAGCUCUCUGCGGCUCCGCUGGCGCCCCAGAAGCUGCGCACACAGCCACCCAAGAUUAACAGGGCGCCGCCUCCAAAUCCGCAGCACGCUCAGACAAUUCCUGUCCCACAGCGCCAGCCAUCCGUGCAUCGCCAGCCGCUCAAAGUCGACACGAGUCUGCCGGCAGUGGCGCGACAGGACUCGGAGCUAAGUGCUAUCAGCAACAUCGAGUCAACGACAGACAACGAGAAGCUAUACGAUAUAAUCAGCUUCACGACACAGGCGGCCCACGCUGUGUUUACCCAGCUUAACGACGCGCUGGCCAAGAGCGCCAUCAGCACCGCACAAAACACACAGAACUCGCAAAUCUCGCAGGACGGCGGCCCAGACAACCAGGACCUACCCAACAUCGCGCAAAAGGUCAAGGAGCUCACAACGUACUGCAUGAGCUCUAUGGAGCAGACCAAACGGAUCAAGACGGUGCUCAAUCAGACACGCAGCGCGCAGCGGCUCGACGAAGACCAGCAAAAGAGACUCUACGAGGAGACAAACCUGUUUCUGAAGUCGAUCAUCAGCUUUUUGGCAGCCACAAAGGGUGCUUUGCAGGACAUGCCAGCGCUGAACGAGGUGCGUGGGGCACUCUCGAACCUUACACGAGCCACCAAAGAGCUGACGAUCCGGCUCGAAACAAGCGUGCUCAAACAGUCGGUCACCAACGCCACGGACCAGCCGCCUCUCUCAUCGAUCCCGUCGGUCGCCAACUUCCAGAACGGCCAUUUUGGCCAGGAAGCCACCGCCCGCACAGUCCCGUCGCCGCUCCAGUCGGAAAAGGAGGACUCGAUGCAGCAGCAGGUGAAGAGUCUCCAGACGAGUGGCCUCGAGCACGUGGCGCAGCUGCCGGUGACGACGCCGCUCGUGGCGUCCAUUGGGCCCACUGCCGCUUCUGUCGUGCUGCCGGUCGCCUCGCCGAUGGGCGUGAACGUCAACCCGCCCGAGUACAACCCGUUUGAUAAGUUGAGCGACGCCGACGCGAAGCGUGUUACGUAA